GGAUCGCCCUGGAUCCUAGUUCUUUCUUUUUUAACCUGAAACCUCAACUAGAAGCUGUUAUCACGUCACUUGCUCCAUCCUAUGUACCUUUCAUCUGUGUGCAGGCUUAAACAGAACCACCUGGUUUUCCAUUCUGUACUAAGCUCAAGUCUGAAAGUCUAAAGUGAGUUUAAACAAGGGUCAGCCUUUUUCAGAGUCCAGGAAAGUCUUCAUUUCAGCCAUGUUCCUGUAAAUGCGGAAGACCCUAAAGAACACCAGUCUUAUUACUUGUUUGAGCUAUACAAUAUGAAGAAACAGCGAUAAUAUGGGAUCAGUGGCGUCCUACUUUGGCCAGCUGUGUGGGCAGCAGGAAAAGAAAGAGGAGGAGCGGCGCUUGCGAGCCCAUGACAGAACUUUCAACCUGUCUUACCACUAUGCUAAUAAUGCGAUCAAAACAUCCAAAUAUAACAUCUUUACAUUCCUACCACUUAAUCUUUUCGAGCAGUUCAGGAGGCUUGCCAAUAGCUACUUCCUCUUCCUCUUCAUACUUCAGCUUAUCCCACAAAUUGCCUCGCUCUCCUGGUUCACCACAGCUGUCCCUCUAGUUUUGGUGCUCUCUAUAACUGCAGUCAAAGAUGCUACUGAUGACAUUAACCGGCACAAAUGUGACAAACAAGUGAACAACCGCAAAGUGAGCGUCCUUAUUGAUGGAGAACUUCAAAAUGAAAAAUGGAUGAAUGUUCAGGUUGGAGAUGUCAUUAAAUUGGAAAAUAACCAGUUUGUCACAGCAGACCUCCUUCUGCUCUCAAGCAGUGAACCUCUAAAUCUGGUCUAUGUGGAAACAGCAGAACUCGAUGGUGAAACUAAUCUGAAGGUGAAACAGGCACUGUCUGUUACUGGCAAGAUGGGUGACAGCGUUCAAGCAUUGGCCAACUUCACUGGCGAAGUGAGAUGUGAACCCCCAAACAACCGCCUGGACAAAUUUAAAGGGACGCUCACAGUUGAUGGACAAACACACUCAUUGGACAAUGACAAAGUGCUUCUACGUGGAUGCACUUUGAGAAACACAGAGUGGUGCUUUGGACUGGUUAUCUUUGGAGGUCCAGACACAAAACUGAUGCAGAACAGUGGAAAAACAACAUUCAAACGCACAAGUGUUGAUCACCUUAUGAAUGUCUUGGUGCUAUGUAUCUUUGGCUUUCUGGCAUCUAUGUGCUCUGUUCUGACCAUUGGCAAUGCAAUUUGGGAGAUGAAGGAAGGUUCAGCGUUUACUGUGUUUCUCCCUCGGGAACCCGGCAUUGAUGCUUCUCUCUCAUCAUUCCUCUCUUUCUGGUCUUAUGUCAUUGUCCUCAACACUGUGGUGCCUAUAUCUCUCUACGUCAGUGUGGAGAUCAUCCGUCUUGGAAAUAGUUUCUACAUCGACUGGGAUAGGAAAAUGUAUUAUCCAAAGAAGGACACACCUGCUCAGGCAAGGACCACCACUCUGAAUGAAGAGCUGGGUCAGAUAAAAUAUAUAUUCAGUGACAAGACAGGCACGCUAACACAAAACAUUAUGGCGUUUAACAAGUGUUCGAUCAAUGGCAAAAAUUAUGGUGAACUUUUUGACCAUUCAGGUCAUAGGAUGGAAAUAACAGAGAAGACACCAAGGGUCGACUUCUCCUGGAACCGUCUUGCCGAUCCAAAGUUCAUUUUUCAUGACCACAGUUUGGCAGAAACUGUCAGAGAGGGCAACUCGGAGGCUCAUGCCUUCUUCCGUUUGUUGGCUCUGUGUCACACUGUGAUGCCUGAAGAAAAGCAAGAGGGGGACCUUUACUACCAGGCUCAGUCCCCUGAUGAAGGCGCUUUGGUUACUGCUGCGAGAAACUUUGGAUUUGUGUUCCGUUCGCGCACACCAGAGACCAUCACAAUCAUGGAGAUGGGUGAACGAGUCAUCUAUGAACUUUUGGCUGUUUUAGACUUCAAUAAUGUGCGCAAGAGGAUGUCUGUCAUAGUGCGCCACCCUGAAGGGAAGUUUACACUAUACUGCAAAGGAGCAGACACAAUCAUCUACGAAAGGCUCCACUCCUCCUGUAACAAACUAAUGGGCAUCACCACUGGACAUCUGAAUGAGUAUGCAGGUGAUGGUCUUCGCACUUUGGUUCUAGCUUACAAGCAUUUGGAUGAGCAUUAUUUAAAUGAGUGGAUGCAACGUCACCAUGAGGCCAGCACCGCCAUUGAAGGAAGAGAUGAGAAACUUGAUGAACUUUAUGAAGAGAUUGAAAAAGACAUGUUGCUUCUUGGAGCAACAGCUGUAGAAGACAAGUUGCAAGAUGGUGUCCCACAGACAAUUGAGCAGCUGGCCAAAGCUAACAUCAAAAUCUGGGUGUUGACUGGAGAUAAACAGGAGACGGCUGAGAAUAUCGGCUAUUCGUGCAACAUGUUGCGAGAGGAAAUGAAGGACAUUUUCAUUGUGUCAGCAAACACAACAGAAGGAGUGAAGGAAGAGCUAGUAUGUGCUCGGAGGAAAAUGUGUCCAACAGCAGCUGAGGCACCAACAGUGAACAAAACUCGCUCAGGCCUCUUCUGGCUUCAAAAGACAGAAACUGUGGAUGAUGACAAAGUGGAUGGAGAAUAUGCCCUUGUUAUAAAUGGACACAGUCUGGCCUUUGCCCUGGAGAAAGGUUUGGAAUUGGAACUAUUGAGGACAGCAUGCAUGUGCCAAACGGUCAUCUGCUGUAGGGUCACGCCAUUACAAAAAGCCCAGGUUGUUCAACUGGUCAAGAAAUACAAACAGGCUGUCACUCUGGCAAUUGGCGAUGGGGCCAAUGACGUCAGCAUGAUCAAGGCUGCACAUAUCGGUGUUGGUAUCAGUGGUCAGGAGGGCAUGCAAGCCGUUUUGUCCAGCGACUUUUCUUUUGCCCAGUUCCGCUAUCUGCAGCGUCUCCUCUUGGUGCAUGGGCGCUGGUCAUACUUGCGCAUGUGCAAGUUUCUACAAUAUUUCUUUUACAAGAAUUUUACCUUCACCUUCGUGCAUUUCUGGUAUGCCUUCUUCUGCGGCUUCUCUGCACAGACUGUGUAUGACGAGUGGUUCAUCACAAUGUACAACCUGGUGUAUACAGCUCUUCCCGUCCUGGGCAUGAGUCUUUUUGACCAGGAUGUUAAUGAUCGUUGGAGUUUCCAGUAUCCACAGCUGUACUCGCCAGGGCCUCUGAACAUUUACUUCAACAAGAAGGUGUUUAUCCGCUGCAUGAUCCACAGUUGCUACAGCUCCCUCAUCCUCUUCUUCAUCCCAUGGGCGGCUACGCAUGACACCGUCAGAGAUGACGGCAAAGACAUUGCGGAUUAUCAGUCUUUCGCUUUAUUGGCGCAGACGUGUUUGCUUGUUGUGGUCAACAUCCAGCUGUGUUUAGACACACAUUACUGGACAGCUGUGAACCAGUUCUUUGUUUGGGGAAGCCUUGCAGUCUACUUUGCGACCACGUUCACCAUGUAUAGCAACGGCAUGUUCCUCAUCUUCACCUCAACAUUCCCCUUCAUUGGUACAGCGAGGAACUCUCUGAACCAGCCUAACGUGUGGCUAAUUAUACUCUUGACCACACUUCUCUGUAUUGUGCCAGUGGUGGCUUUCCGUUUCUUUGUCAUUCAGCUUCGGCCAACAAUCAAUGACAAGGUGAGAAAUAAGGUGCGUAAGGAGGCUUUACCAACCCCUACUCCUCGUCGUCCGCCAGUGAGGCGAAUCAGCACCAGGCGAUCGGGCUACGCUUUUUCUCACGCUCAAGGCUAUGGAGACCUGGUGACAUCUCGAAGAUUCCUGCUGAAGCGUCCUCUCAAGAGUCGGCCUGCCUUGUUCAAACAAGCAGACUCUCCUCUGGCACCAAACCUGCCACAACACUACCGCACUAUCACAGAAGAGCCAGAGCCACCUAUAGCCCACUUAUGAUUGUGGAACUCAUGAGUAAAAUCAUUGCAUGGAUGGCAUCUGACACACUCAGUCACUCGCUGGCUCGCUCUCUGCAAUUUGUACUGUAUGUUCUUAUUAUCUGGGUCUUUGAAAAAAGACCCAGAUAGUGUUAUUCUGUUUUUUUUUUAAUGGGAUUUCUUCGGCGCGCAGCACAGCUCGAACCGUUUGACCAAUCAGCACCGUUCCAAUAUCGAAAUGACCAGAAUUUUCACGCGAUGCAGGGAAUUUUUUGAAUAACCCCGAAAAAUUUUCCGUUUGCCCGUAAACGGCGAUUUUUUGAAAAAAAAAAAAAAAAAUUUUUUUUCAAAAUGUAUCUAGUCCUACAAUUUUUGACCAAAUCACAUAAUAAAUCACAGAAAAAUUUCCUGGACGAUGAGGGGCAUAAAAGUUGUAUACGGAAUUUGGAAAAAAUUUAGGGUUCCCGGAAAUUUGCCAAAAACUUUGCCAUUCAUUUUUAAUGGGAUGCAACGUUCAAAUUUCCCCAUUCGCUUUCAAUGGAAUUUCCAAUGACAUUUACAUUGCAUUAAUGCCACUGACACCCAUGUAUGUUGGAUCCAUUGAUGCCAAUGUACUCGGAUUCCAUUGAGGCAUAUGUAAGUCGAUACCAUUGACGGCCAUGGACGUCCAAAUUUCUCAUCAUUUCCAAUAGCAUUAACUUUGCAUUGAGGCCAAUUUAGACAGAUGCCAUUGACGGCCGUGUAUGUCAUCUCUAUUGAUGCCAAUGUACUUGGAUUCCAUUGGCACAUGUGGAUGUCGAUGUCAUUGAUGGCCAUGGACGUCCAAAUUUUUUCCCAUUCAUUUUCAAUGGCAAAAAAUUCAAUGUCCCCAAAUCAAAAGGAAAUGACCAGAUAUCAAUAGGACAUGUCCCCCAAAUGUCCCCAAUUCCAUUGACGCUUAUGGAGGGCUAUGCCAUUGACGGGCAUGGACAUCCAAAUUUCCCAUUUAUUUCUAUUUCAUUUAUUUCAUUUACUUUGUUUAGUGCCAUUGACGAGGAUGUUUGUCCAUUCUAUUGCUAGAUCUGGGUGGGGCUAAGAUCUGUAUCUCCACACAGCAAAGACUCAGAGUAAUUUCUCCAGAAAUUGCAGUUUCUAGUUCAAAAAAAUGUAAAACAAAAUAUGCGGGAGCAUUGAUUUUUUUUUUCUUUACAUGGAAACACCAUUCUGUUUUGAAGAUGUUUAAUUCCUUGUCAAGUUUUAAAAUGCAUUAAACUAUAACUAUUUCACAGAGCAUUGAAACUAAAUUAAGGAAUGCCGUAGUUAACUACACCACACACAUUAAAGCCUAUUGUCAAUACGUAUGGCAUUUAGUGGUGAGAUUAUAAAAUACACCUACCCAAUAACAUAGUGUAGUGAUGUUUGUUUGCUUGUUGUUGUUGUUGUUGUUGUU